AUGCAACGCCAGAGCUUCAGAGAUAAGAGGAUCAACAAUUCCAAGUUGGCCCGUGCCAAGUACACAACGGGGAUUAGCUUCAGUCAAGUAUACAGGAAUUCUGAACUAUAUCGGAGGAAUAAAAGUUUAAUAAAGGAGCUAAGUACACCUCCUGAAGGUUCAAACGACUUAUCCUUCCCAACGGAGUACUCACAAACCUUCCUCACACAAUGUUCUGCUUGCCUGUGGAAGCAAAGUCUGUCAUACUGGAGAAAUCCUCCAUAUACUGCAGUCAAAUUCUUCUAUACUACACUAAUUGCGCUAUUGUUUGGAACAAUGUUCUGGGGAAUUGGAAGAAAAAGGCACAGUCAACAAGACUUGUUCAAUGCCAUGGGUUCCAUGUAUGCCUCAGUUUUGUUCAUGGGGGUGCAGAACUCGGCCUCAGUUCAGCCAGUUGUGGCUGUUGAGCGCACAGUCUUUUACAGGGAAAGAGCGGCCCACAUGUACUCACCUCUGCCAUAUGCAUUGGGACAGGUUGCAAUUGAACUUCCAUACAUCUUUGUUCAAUCAUUGAUAUAUGGCGUGAUAGUAUAUGCUAUGAUUGGCUUCGAGUGGACAGCUGCCAAGUUCUUUUGGUACCUGUUCUUCAUGUACUUCACUCUAGCUUACUUCACAUUUUACGGAAUGAUGUCGGUGGGCCUGACUCCGAACUAUAACGUUGCCUCUGUUGUUUCCACGGCAUUCUAUGCUCUUUGGAACCUUUUCUCGGGAUUUAUUACACCAAGAACUAGAAUUCCGAUAUGGUGGAGAUGGUACUACUGGCUCAGCCUUAUUGCAUGGACACUCAACGGUCUGGUCACUUCACAGUUUGGAGACGUAACAGCAAAAUUCGAAAGUAACGGCGUGCAGGUGUCCGAGUUUGUAGAAAGCUAUUUUGGGUUCCACCAUGACUUCCUGUGGGUAGUUGCUGUGGUGGUCGUCUCAUUUGCCGUUCUCUUUGCUUUCCUCUUCGGGCUAUCGAUCAAGCUAUUCAAUUUCCAGAAGAGAUAAGUGACCAAGGAAGACAUAUCCAAGGUUGGUCAAAGCCGCUAGCAAUGAAGUUACAGUAGGGAUAGGUCCUUGUAAUUGUAUUGCAUAUAUGUGAAUACUAGCAUAGCAUUAAUCUAUGAGAGCACAAUGCCUAAAUUAAUUGUACAGUGACAGUGCACAUUGUGCGCCUAUGAAGUUCAGUUUUGUAAGUUGUAUAUAAAUCAAGUGAGUUUGCCACA